GAGAGCAGAUUAGGUUUUGGAGGGAAUGGCAGUUGACGUUAAUCUCUGUGAGAGCCUGGUUUGGUCUGUAUUAAAUAAUCACCUCUUAUAACCCAAGGUAUCCCAAUGGAGUUGCAGCUUUAUUUUUGCCUGUGUGUCUUGAUUGGAGUUUUCGUAACUGAUUUAGAAGCCUCUCGUUGUGGCAAAUGUUAUUGUUUCAAGGUUAAGCAAAAACAACAUAUCUAAUUUUUCAGGAGAUCUUGAAAAUAUCUAGAAUCAACUUUGGUUUGUUGGCUUGAUGCUCAUACUCUUCAUUUUGGUGCGAACCUGCUGUUUGUUCACCGAGGCCACGGAAGACAUGGCUGAAUAUUUUACCAUUGAUUACAUAUUAUAAAUGAUUAUUUUCUCAACCAUGGGUCAAUCACAGAGUGAGCUAGACGAAGAGGUGACCCUCACACAAAUCCAGGAACUCUACCGAAGAUUUGCCAGCCAGUGUCCCAGUGGCAAACUGCAUUUGCAUGAAUUCAAGAAAAUCUUUGGAAUCAACACUGGGACGACAGAAGAAGCGUCAGCUUACAUGGAAAAUGUUUUUCGAUCGUUUGAUGCAAACCAGGACAACACAAUUGACUUCAUGGAGUUUGUGGCAGCUGUGCACCUUGUUCUCAGAGGGAGGCUUGACGACAGACUUAGAUGGUCUUUCAAAGUGUUCGACAGAGAUGGAAAUGGAUGCCUUGACAGAGAGGAAGUGAAACAUGUUGUCAAAAUCAUCUACAAGAUCAAGAGGCAUGGGAACAAAUCAGGAAGUGAGAUCAUGACCCCUGAAAAAACCACUGAACGGAUCUUUGAAUUGGUGGAUAAGAAUAAAGAUGGUCAGAUUUCCCUGGAGGAGUUCAUGGAGGGGGCUCAGAAGGACCCAUGGUUGCUGGACCAGCUGAGCCUGGAUGUUAAACCCUGUGGGUGGUUUUUGGAACAACAGAGGAAAACCAAGGAGAAAGAACUACAGAGGAAAAAUAACAAGUGAUCUUCAGGGCUUUGGAUUCAUUCAACGCUAUACUCUGUAGAAUAUGUGGAAUAUAUAAAAAAUAUAUUGAUAUGGACGAAGGCCAGAACAAUUGACACAAUGUUUUGGUGCUGUAUUGUAAAAAUCUAUGAAAGAUAUGAGAUGUGUGGCCUGCUCAUAAUUUGAAAUGACAUUAAGAUUUCAACCAUAACAGUCAACAGCCAAAAGCUAUGCAGGAUUUCAAAUGGAGGUAUGAAGAAAGAGCUGUCCCACUGCUGACAGGUCCUUCUGGAAUUAAUGCUUUUUGAUUAUCUCCAUUUUGUCACUACGGAAUCUCAGAUCUGCCCUACUUCAAAGAUAAUGAACAAAAUGGCGCCAUUGACACUGAUGUCAAAUUGACGCCAAGACACUGUGCCUAGGAUCUAAGAAGAGUUAGCUGUUUUAAUAUGCAAUAUGGUCCAUAGUUUCACCUUGCGCUCUGUUUGGCAAGGUGUUAGUAGGACUCGAUUUGGGAUUCAGUCUGACUUAACUGUUGACACAGAGUAUCAUUGCUCAUGUGUUGUGUGCACACCUCUGACACUUCAAAUGGAAUACGGUUUCAAUAUCCACUCCUCAGGUGAACGUUUACUGUCAGAGUUUGUUGAAUCAGUUCUGUGUGGUAUGGUCAAAUGAAGUCAUACACAGGGAUAAGGGAUUUUGCUUUAAUGCACAAAAAGGCCCUUAAGGGGAUCAACAAAGACAUGGAGGGCUGAGUGUCUACAGGCUUUCUCUCUCACUUUGUACUUGAUUGAUUAAUUAGGUCACUAAUUGGUUAGUUUCUACCCUCACCUGGUUGUUUAGGUUUGAACAGGGAACCAAUUUAUGGGAAAAACCAAAAACCUGCAGACACUCAGCCCUCCAUGGAACCGGUUUGACACCUUUGGCUUAAAUGGUAUAUCACUGAAAACAGUGUGCAAGCUACUGAUCUCAGUGACUUUAAACAGUCCAGAUUAUACCAUCCACUUUUGAUCCUUUUUGUAUACAUUUUUUAUUUGGUAGGUUUUGUGUGUGUGUGUGUAUGUAUAUGCCCAAAAGCAAAGAGUAAUAAGUUAUUGCUUCAUGUCAGAAGCUUUGGGCAGCUUUGCUGUGUGAAGUAGGUUCUAUUUGUAUUCUUGAGUGUUUGCUGAACAUAACAACCUUUGUAAUGUAUGUGUGAAUUAUAUUUCCAAAGUACAUUUGAUUUGUGGAUUUAAGUAAAGCAUUUAAAAUCC